AUGUCGUCUUCUAGUGGCUCUGGAGUACUCACACUAUUACACACCGCUUGCGGCGCUGGCAUUCUUGCCAUGCCGUAUGCGUUCAAGCCCUACGGGCUUGUCGCUGGAUUUGGUAUGAUCCUGUUCUGCGGCAUUUGUUCCUGUGGCGGGCUUCUUUUACAAUCUCAGGUGUCCAAAUAUGCACCACCGCGACACGCGUCAUUUUUCGCGCUUGCACAACUUACGUACCCGCAACUAAGCGUUGUUUUCGACUUGGCCAUCGCAAUCAAAUGUUUUGGCGUUGGAGUUUCGUACAUGGUCGUGGCAGGAGACGUUCUACCGCAAAUUUUUAGUACGUUUACGCAUCACCCGCUGCUGUUGAAUCGCAAUUUCCACGUUACGCUUGUUAUGGCCUGUGUCGUCGCUCCGCUUUGUUUCAUGCGUCGUCUCAACUCGCUCCGCUACGCUUCUAUGGUCGCGAUAUCUGCGGUUGCGUAUUUGUGCGUGCUAGUGGUUGUACAUUUCCUCGUUCCAUCCCAAGAAUUGCGCGACUUGAAAGGUGACGUGACCAUUUGGAAGCCUACUGGACCUUUUGCCCAAGCCAUGAGUUGUCUCCCCAUCUACGUGUUUGCAUAUACUUGCCACCACAAUAUGUUCUCCAUCAUCAACGAACAAGCUAACCCUUCGUUAAAAAAUUUGCGCCGUAUUUCGAUCACCGCGGUCACUAUCGCGCUGGCGCUUUACGUGGUCAUCGGCGGCGCUGGAUACUUGACUUUUGGUGACCAUGUUGUGGGGAACGUCAUCACUCGGUACCCACAAUCUGCGGCUACAACUUUAGGUCGUAUUGCCAUUGCCUUGCUCGUGAUCCUGGCGUUCCCCUUGCAAUGCCAUCCAGCCCGCGCCUCCGUCAACCAUAUCUUACAUUUCUUCGAAACCAAAACAACGGAUACCACUACGGUCCCUGUUGUAGAUCUCAAUGCCCCCUCGACUACUACUCCUGUGACAGCUGCAUCUCCCGCGGGACCACACACCGACGAAUUCGCGAGUCUCAUCCCACCGACACCUACAGACGAACUCAUCGAAGAAGGCAGUCCGCAACAACCAACAACGGUUCCAUUAGAAGGUAGCCGGUUUUUGGGAAUCACUGCAGCUAUUCUCGUGUUUUCCUAUCUCUUGGCCAUCUCUGUCACCUCUCUUGCUCGAGUUCUAGCUGUAGUUGGUGCCACGGGAUCCACCUCCAUCUCUUUUAUUUUGCCCGGUAUUUUUGGAUAUCAGCUCAUAGGAUCUGAAUUCAAACCCGGCACAGCGCCUUUCCAGGUCAAACUCAUGAAUAAACUCGCGUUUGCUCUCGCAUGCUGGGGCGUCUGUGUGCUUGUGACUUGUCUGUCAGCGACGCUGUUUUUCGGAGCCAAGCAUUGA